AUGAUGGAAGCGGAAUACAUUAAUUCCAAUGGUGAACAAAACAAUAACAAUAAAACUGGCAGUAAACUCACCCAGGACCAAAUAUUUGCACAGGCAUUAACGUAUUUUUUGGCAGGCACUAAAACCACCUCGACAGUCUUAGCCUUUUGUACGUACGUAUUGGCCGUUAACCCCGAUUGUCAGCAACGGUUAUACGACGAAAUACAGGCAAUCACUGGCAACCAAAACGGCGACAUAGGGUACGAGACACUCGAUUCUAUGCCGUACUUGGACGCCUGUGUGUCGGAGACCCUGAGGUUAUACUCCCCGUUCCCACGCGUGAAACGGGUGGCGAAUACCGACUACACGUUCCCGGGAAUAGGGCUGACCAUCAAAGCUGGUCAACGGGUAGAGAUCCCGGUGCACGCCAUGCAUCGAUCACCGGAUAAUUUUGUUGAUCCUGACAAGUUUAAUCCUGAU